GUGUUGGUAGCUGAGAGCGAUUGCAGAGAGCAGGCGAGAAAUUGAUAGCCUUUCCCUGAUCAAUAAACCCACAUCUCACCCUCAGCCUGUCCCUCUCCCUCCCCCGUCCCUCUCCGUGUGUGUGUGUGUGUGUCAGAAUGUGAUUGAGUGCGGAUUUGCAGACGGAUCUCUCUGCCUUUAUAAAGAGGUUUAUAUGAAGAACGGAAAAGGGAGAAGAUCUGAACAAAGGAGAGACCUGCUGUGGGUGUAAGCCAACUGACCCCAGGAGGUGUCUGUGUCUGUGUGUGUGUGUGUGUCUGUGUGUGUGUGUCUGUGUGUGUAACUGGACCGAGAGAAAUUGCCAAGCAGCCAGGAAUGAGGAAGCCCAAGGUACAGCAGUGGUGCACCCUCAGUGUGCUGUGGAUGACCAUAGUGAUCCUCAUGGCGAUCGGACUAGCAAUCCAGACGUUGGGAAUCGCAGAUAAGAAAAGGAUGACCCUGGAGCAGCUCGAUCCUUCUCAGAGUUUGACGAUGACCCUGCGCGGUGACGGAGGGGCUCCACAGAAAUCCUGCCAACCCAAGACGCAUGUGAUGUUCCUGAAAACCCACAAGACUGCCAGCAGUACCAUUCUUAAUAUACUGUACCGCUUCGGGGAAGCCAGAAACUUAAUGUUUGCUCUCCCCAACUCCUACCAGUUCGGCUAUCCCUUCCUCUUCAGCACCAGGAAGAUCAAAUAUUACAAUCCCAUCAAGACGCAGGAGUAUCACAUCAUUUGCAACCACAUGAGGUUCUUCAGACCACAGGUUGAGAAAGUGAUGGGGAGGGGCACCUUUUACUUCUCCAUCUUGCGAAACCCGGUGACCCUGGCCGAAUCGUCGUUCACCUACUACAAGGGGACGAGUAUGGCCUUCAAGAAGGUCGAGUCGCUGGAGCAGUUCCUGAGGGACCCGUGGAGAUAUUACUCGGUCAGGGAGCGGGGCAGCCAGUACGCCAGGAACCUGAUGUGGUUCGACUUUGGUUUCGACCACAACUCCAACGACACAGCGGACUACGUGGAGCUGGUCCUCAAGGAGAUCAGUAGCACCUUCCACCUCAUCCUGCUGUCCGAGUACUUCGACGAGUCCAUGAUCCUCCUGAAGGACGCCCUGUGCUGGGAGUUCGACGAUGUUGUCUCCUUUAAGCUGAACUUCCGCAGCGACGUGACGGUGAGGAGGCUCUCGGACGAGGCUGUGAGACAGGUGAAGGCCUGGAACGCCUUGGACUGGAAGCUCUACCUUCACUUCAACCGCACCUUCUGGGAGAAGGUGGAGAGCUACGGCCGGGAGAGGAUGCGGAGCGACGUCCAGGUCUUGCGGGAGAAGCGGAGGAAGCUGAUGGAACUGUGUCUCCAUGGGAGCAAGCCUGUGGAGGCCAGUCAGAUCCAGGACAAGAUCAUCAAGCCCUUCCAGUACGGCCGGGCCCAGAUCAUGGGCUACAACCUGAAUUCGAACCUGGGCAACAGCACCAGGGAGAAGUGCUUACGGAUGGUCAUGCCUGAGCUCCAGUACAAGGACCUACUCGAUGCCAAGCUGUUCCCGCCAACUCCCACCUCCAAAAGUCGGCAGCAACUGGAGCUGCAUUUCUGAGGAGAGGGGACGGAUGGACAUCUCCUUUUGCCCGAUGGAGAAGGGAAAAAAAUGUCCCGCCCUGACCGUUAGAGUCGGGGUGCGAGAAACCUCCAGGAAAGUCACUUCUUUCGCUGCCGCUCCCAUAAUGCCCCUGGGGAGGGGUGCCACACGCCAAUUUUCAGCCUCCAUCCGAUCUAAGGUUUUGUCUUUCAGUGACGUCGGGGUGGGGUAGGGUGGUGGGUAGGGGGGGGAGCAUGGUUAAAGGAUGACGCGCUGCCGAAGGCGUCCAUCUUGAAUUCGCCAGGACAGGAAUGCCAGGGAAAUGGCGGAUGCACAGAAGGGCAAUUUGUUGGGCGGGCGUGGAAGGCUGCGCGCUUCACCCUCGCUGGAAACUUCUGUUCCCUCGCGUGUAGGCUUCUGCCCACCAUCCUUGUGCCCAGGACACUUCUCCCAGAGGGUGGCGCCACCUAUGGAAUUCUCACAGAGCGGCCGAGGCCAUGAAGUGUUUCUGGGAAGGAGUUAGAUAUGGUUCUCAGGAUCAAAGUCGG